GGCUCGUCAAAAAUGAAAACAGUUGAGCUAUGUGGACGUAACUAACUGAGGAGCGUAAACGCUUUUAGCGAUCAAAACUGUGGAUGUAAUCCCGAUGACCAGUUUUUAAGCAUAUUUAUUGUUUACUCACUUAAUUUUUAGCUUUAGCAAAGCAAACGCAGUGACAUGGGGAACGGAGUGAAUAAGGUUCUGCCAGACUUGUACUUGGGUAAUUUUAAAGAUGCCAGAGACCGGGAACAAUUGGCUAAAAACAACAUCACACACAUCCUCUCCAUCCAUGAUACUGCCGCUCCAAUUUUACAGGAGAUGACUUAUCUUUGUAUUCCAGCAGCAGAUUCCCCCACACAAAACCUUAUGCAGCAUUUUAAAAAGAGCAUAAUGUUCAUACAUGAAUCCCGUCUGAAAGGAGAGGGCUGUUUAGUUCACUGUCUUGCUGGCGUUUCACGUAGUGUGACACUGGUGGUGGCGUAUGUAAUGACUGUGACUAGUCUGGGAUGGCAGGAGGCUCUAGUUGCAGUGAAAGUUGUCCGACCCUGUGCUUCACCAAACGGGGGCUUCGAGACCCAGCUGCAGGAGUUUGAAACCACCCAACUACAGCAGUUCAGAGAAUGGCUGAAGGAGGAGUAUAAGGAAAAUCCCUUUAAUGAUGAGGAGGACAUCCGUGCCCUGCUCGCACAGAUACCCAGUAGUCCAGGACAGGACAGUGGACACGUGAGAGACUGAUCUUGACUGUUCGUCCAAUCCACAGAGGGAAUACAAAUCGACAAGCCAUAUGGCAUUCCUCAAAGACUUAUGUUGACUGUUAUGUCAAAUAAGAAUAUGACAUGUUGAUUGCGAUGGCAUAGCACUGUUUUUUCAAGUAUGGGCACUUUUUUGUAAAUAAUUCAGGAAAGAUUUUAAUGUUUGCUACUAAAGUGAUGUUUAAGGCAUUUUUGUGUUCUCUUGUUCUUGGAAAUUGAAUACAGUUAUAUUGUAAAAAGUUUGAUUUGCAGUGUUUAACUGAGUGAACUUUUGCAUUUCCAUUUCGGGUUGUCAGUUCGGUGACUUUGGUACUUUACCAAUGAAACUUAAAUUGAUCUUAAGUGAAUUAUAUGUCAAAUUUGAUUUUAGGUGAGUUAGAUGAUUAUCUAUGGAAUUAUCCACUCGUAAUAAAAAGAAAACGUUUUCAUUUGUCAACUGAA